AUGAAAGGGUUAGGAACCAACCGCAGUCGGCACAUGUCUGACUCGUGCGAGCCGGCGGGAUGCCACCAGAAGCCGCUCUGUGCGAUGAACUCUGACCCCCACGGCUCCUUUCUGUUGAGCCCCGCCAUAAACCACUAUGGCACCCUGGACCCACAUCUCCACCUGUGCCCUGCCAGCAGCCCCACCAGCCUGACCCCUGACUGCCUGCUGCCUUUCAGCCAGAUGUCCAACAGCAGCACCUUCCCUCGUCUUCACUUCAACUCCCAGACUGAGCAGGUCGACUGCUCCCAGGCCUGCAUGGCUGGCGGCGGCCUGGGGCAGGGCGGCCGAGCAGGGCCACUGUCCUCCUCUUUGUCCAUGGGCAUGGGCUUAGGCCUGGGCCUAACCGGGGCUCCGAUGAUCACCAGUGGAUCCGCCACCAUCUCCUCGGCGUCGGCAGCCAGGAUGAAUCGGUUACCCUCCAACCUGUUGGAUCAGCUCGAGAGGCACCUGCCCCUGCAGCGCGACGGCUUCAGCACGCUGCAGUUUCAUCGGGGGCGCAUGUCGAAGCAACGCAGCGAGAGCCCGGGACGCAUACGCCACCUGAUGCACUCUGUGCAGAAGCUGUUCGCCAAGUCCCAGUCCCUGGAGAACUCUGCGAUCAAAGGCGGCGCCACGGGCACCGGGGAGGACGGUGGCCGACCGACGCGCAGGAGCAAGAGCAAAGACGGGGCUAAAACCGAGGGGCCGAAGCAGAGACCUAGGCCCAGUGCGCUCGGCCUCUGGAGCUCAGACGAUGCCCUGGACACUGACACAACCCAAGCGGGCACUAUCGCUGUGGGUUACCGCAACCCUCUGACCAUGAUGUCCCUCGGCAGAGCGGUGUCAGACAGCCAGGCCGCUCACAGGCACAUCCCACAGGGCUACAACACCAUUUCUGCACAUACUCUCAAGACCUCGAAAAGCAGCAGUGACCUCAAGUUUCUGGCGUGCCAGGCGACGCAGGUCGUAUCCAAGGACGGGGAGGGAAGAUUCAGGGGAAGCAAGGAUGAUAUACUGGUGAAGAGGGGCUCCUGGUCCACUCUCACCCUCAGCCAGGCCAGGCAAGUGUUGCAGAAGGGCUCCGCGACAGUUAAUAAGAGCCUGCUUAAGUCUAAGUCGUGCCACCAAGACCUGGCACAACGGUUCCUUCAGGUAGGAGGACCAGUCCCACUGGGGGACUGGUCGGGAACUCUGGGUCGCGGCCGGGGCAGAGGAACUGAGAUCCCCUGUCGAAGGAUGCGCAGCGGCAGCUAUGUUAAAGCCAUGGGAGACUUGGAGGACAGCGAGGACUCAGAGGGAAGCCCCAAACCUUCCCCCAAAGCCACCGCCCGACGCCAGAGCUACCUGAGGGCCACACAGCACUCCCUGAGUGAGCAGCAGCCACCUCCACCUCAACACAACUCCCUGCCGUCCUUGAAGGAGCUGUCGACUAAUCGGAGCCUGGAUAACUUAGAUUGCCUGGUGAGCCCGCUGGAGGCCCCUCCACGCUUCCGGAACAAUGAUUUCAGCCAAUGCUCCGGCACACUGAGCAGAGGCUCGGCCGCUCAGCGUGUGAGUCUGCACACGUUCUUUCAGGUAUACGGGCACGGCUGCGGCCACUCGAUGCCGUACUGUGAGGGGGGAUCGCAGGCAGUGCAGGCUCUGGAUCUGCCCGCGCCCGCGUGCUUCCGGUCGCGCAGCCACAGCUACCUGCGUGCCAUCCAGGCGGGAUGCUCCCAGGACGAAGACACGGCCUCGGUGGACUCGGACUCACCGCCACCCACCACUAAAGGCUACAGUUACAGCUCCAACACCAUCGGCAAUAGGAAGGCUCCUCCCCCGGUCCCGCCCCGCACCGCGUCCAAGCCUCUCAUCUCGGUGACGGUGCAGAGCAGCACCGAGUCGGCCCAGGACGUGGACGUCGACCAGCAGGACCGCGGCAGCGAGGCCAACAGCCAGUCGGGACGCAGCAACUCCUCCGACAGUCUCUGUAGCAUCCUCACGUGCAGCCUGGCCCAGAGGACCCGGCCGCUACCAGUUCCACUUCCUGUUCCUGUUCUUGUCCCUGUGCGUGUCCCCAUCCCCGCCGCAACCCCCGUACAUCCUGUUCCAGCCCCCCGUGACCUCCCUCCCACUAUCACCACCGCCACCACCACCACCCCUGUCGCCACGACUUCCACAUCCACCCAGUCCCAAAAUGACACCCUGAGCAUCGGGUUCACCCUCGAGCAGGCGCCGACCGCAACCAAGAGGAAACUGUCCUCGAUCGGAAUUCAGGUGGAUUGCGUUCUGCCAGUCUUAAGAGAGGAGCCACUUCCCCUCCCUGCACCCCUCACGUUUCAGUCAAUUGGAGUUCAAGUGGAGAACGGCAGGCCACUCAGCCGGGAAAGCAGCAUGGCCUCCAGACAGAACACCGAGACGGAGCCCCAGGAGCCCCAGGAGCCCCAGGACGCCGCACCCACAGAAAACAACACGGCCGACUGCGCCAACAGUCAAACAGUGAAUGCCCCCGCGCCCAACGGACAGGACAAAGCCAUGGGACAGCAGCCCCUCAAACACACCUCAGUCCCCUCCAGGGUAUCCAGCCCGCCCCCGGUGACUCUGGACCCGGCGUUGGACCCCUCCUCGCUGCCACCGCCGGAUCCCAGCCUGGAGACGGGAAGCUGCGGCGCCCAGGGAGACGCCGUUCGGCCCUGCACGCCGGCUUGCCUCCGAGACGGCAACUGGUUCCAGAAGCUGCUGCAGGCGGAGACGGGGCGCAUGGAGGGCUGGUGUCAGCAGAUGGAGCAGGAGACCAAAGAAAACAAGCUGUCGGAGGAGGUGUUGGGCACGAUCCGCAGUGCAGUGGGCAGUGCUCAGCUCCUCAUGACAAAGAAGUUUGAGCAGUUCAGAGGGCUCUGUAAAGAGAACUUGGACGUCAAUUCCAAACCUCGACCAACGGCACAGGACCUUGCAGGAUUCUGGGAUCUGCUCCAACUCUCAAUAGAAGACAUCAGCAUGAAGUUCGACGAGCUCUACCAGCUGAAAGCCAACAACUGGCAACUGCCUGAGAAAUUAGAGAAGAAGGAUGAAAACAAGCCGCUUCCGUCAUCUGUGCCAAAGAAGCAGACCAAGCUGUCAGCGGGGAAGGACCGGAGCGUGGACUCGGCCGUGGACAAGCAGCGGCAAGAAGCCCGGAAGCGUCUGCUGGCGGCGAAGCGGGCGGCGUCCGUGCGGCAGAACUCUGCCACCGAAAGCGCCGACAGCAUCGAGAUCUACGUGCCCGAGGCCCAGACCCGCCUCUGAUGAGAGUGAACCAGCGAGACGACUCCGGACUCCAUUCAGACAUUCAUGACACACACACACACACACACACGCGCAGACGGAUCUGAGACGAAUAACGCAUAACGCUCAGAGGCCGCGUCACGGAAUAACGCCGAGCAGCGCGGCUGCAACGGGGGCAGAGAUAUCCUUGACAUUUGUUUAAUACUAUUGUUAUUAUUGACAUUAGAAUACUUAUCUCCUAAAGUAUAUCAGGACUGUCUUAAGCGUGCAAGUAUCUCGGAUAAGGACACUCCUGUACCUUGUGAGCUGAAGAAUCUUGGCAUCCCAGAAGUUUACUCCCCUCACUGCUGAUUCUACCGGCAAGUUGUGGCUGCCUGGUUUUACGAGCCGAGCGACCAUCUCCACACACACACUCAGGACACACACACACGCAGGGGUACUCGCCGUCCACAGAGUCUUCCUGUUCUCUUAUUUGUAUUGGGCUGCCACUUCGUCGAGUGCGGUGUGCGCGCGCGCUUCGCCGCGUACAAACUCUUUUAAGAUGGUGUCGAUGUACUCGGGAGGGUUAAAACGUGCGGAGAACCAGAAGAAGGCAGUAGCAUAUAUAUUCUAAAUAUCACACUAUUGCGAUGUUGAUUUUGUAAAUGUUGUAUACCAGAUUAUUUGUUAGAAAGAGGUCAGUGUUCAGUACCAAGGUAGUUUUUUUUAUAGAUCGAGUACAUGUACUGUCAUGAUAUAUUAGCACUUGAUGCAAUCAUUCACUCCACCUCUUUUCUCUUCCUCCACGCACACUCCACAGUCUGUGUCUGUGGAUCCCCAUUGUUAAAGUCUUACACCUUUUUCUUUCUUUUCGUGUGUGUGACGGGAUGUGAGGAUCGACUGCCCUGCCAGUGAGCUACGGAGGAAUGUAUGCAUUUACAGCUCAUGUCGAUUUGAACACUGCACUUUCCAUUCACCUCCAGAUCAAGUCGGCUCACCUUCGUUUGCCUGAUCAUUCUGACUUUCACGGCAUCCUCGAGCGAUGUAGGGGACCAAGACAUUCACCACUUGAAAUGGCAUUCCCAAUCAACCAGACUGCGUGUGUGACGGGGUGGGGGGGGGGUUUACACGGCCACUUGAAAGGAAAUGGAUUAGCAUAGCAAUAAUUUUAAAAAAUCGUAUUAGAGCGUUCUUAAAUUAUUUAAUUCAACCUUUCCAAUAAGACUUUCUUAGUAUGAUGAUGAAGAAGAAUGAAUGUUUAGUUGUUUUUAAUGUUAAUUAAUUUAAUUUAACUGCCCUUGAAAUGAUUACAAUCUCAGGUUGAACACACUCAACAGUUUAAAAAAAAAAAAAAACCUAUGGAAGGAUUAUUUAUUAAAUAACCACAAUUAAAUGUUUGACUGCUUUAGAGCCUUUUUGUCAAAUAUUAUAAAUCCAGACCAACUUGGUGCUCUCCUGUAAGGAAAAGCAUGUGCAGUGCAGGCUCAAUAAGAUGGCUACAGCCGUCCAGCUUUAACUCCCCACCCAUGUUUGUUGAGAAUGAACUGUGGUUAAAAAAAAAAUAUUAUUUAAAUUUGACUGUCAUUUGACACGUUUUUUGUUUUCUCCAUUCGAAGCGAUGUCAACCUAAACAUGUCAAUUAUUAUUGUUAUGAGUAAUGGUGCUGCGAGGGGCUUCAUGUUGUGCCAAGGCGGCAAAGAUCAACAUUUCAGUGUCAUUUGAUAAAGCUUCUAUUUAAAGUUAUUAUUUUUAAUGAUUCUGCUUGUGAGUUCUUUUACUCGUCUGUAUGUGCAUUCUCAGCCAUGUUUUUUUGCGUUAGUAUCAGCUCACUCUACAUACGCUAUGCCUUUGUCGGUUUUCUCAACUCAUGACUUCUUGAGUACAGGAUUGGAAUAUUUUCCAUGUUUUGGUUUUCUCAAAUGGAAAACCAGUGCCAACGGGUUCAUGAGAGGAACUGGGCAUCACAUGCUCGUGCACAAAUGUAGAUUGUGACUCACUAGUUGUUGUUUUUUAAUUUAAGAGCUGGCUCUCCCCCUACUGGUCAGUCCUUGUGUGACACUCCAGAUAUCUUGUUCCGCUCCAUUUAAAAUCUUUUAGUUCACAUAACACAAGAAAUGACAUUGAACUGGGAAUGCCGACACAACACCAAGUUGUUUAUUUUCUUAUGUUCUUGUUUGUAUGACAUCAAUGGACAUUUCAUUGUCCAAAGAAACCAUUAAACAUCCCUUUGCUACA